AUGUCUACCAUUUUCAGAAGAACAGUCACCACCUUGAUCCCUCCUAAGAUUGCCUCUCCAGCUAACUUGGGUUCAAACCCAGCUGCAAAGAGAAUGCAAAGCAUUGUUGCAUUCUACUCAAAGCUUCCAAGAGGUAACGCUACUGUCGAAACCCCAAGAACCCCAUUUGCUAUCUACAGAGAGAAAUACAGAAACAAGGGCUCUCCAGUUCUUCACUUUGCUGUUGGUUUCUUAUUGUUAGGUUACGGUCUUGAAUACUAUUUCCAUUUGUCCCAUGAAAAGGAACACCAUUGA